CGCCACCCUCCCGUCCACGUUGAUGUGGCCUCAUUAUGUCGGUUUUCUUAAGUACGUUAGAUCUGGUGCUACCUCGUUUGCCACUUUGUUGAACUUCUAAGAAGUAGACCUGACCACUAGUACAAAAAUGUCGGGCGCUGUUUCCAGCCCCACGUUCUCCGCCGGAACGGGCGACACGGCUAACAUGCAUGGGGCGCGGAUGAAGAUUCCGCUGAGUUGGUUUGACGCGAGCAUUGAGAAGCAGCAGUAUGUUCGUGGCAACAUCGGUGGGACGACAUCAAAAACGCCUUCGUCCUCCUCUUCCGCACCCAAUUCCCGAUCAAACUCGAAGACCUUGCUGCCCGGCGGCCCGGACAACGGUGCCGACCAGGACUACCAGCAGGGCCUAGAAUUACUGCAGGGGAGAAGUGUGGUGGCUAACCCGCGGCUGGCGGCCUUCUACUUCCGGCGAGCAAGCGGGAAGGGACACUCUCGAGCGGAGUACAUUAUGGCCAUGCUGCACAAGACCGGCUACGAGGGGAUUUUGCCCAGUGCCCGCAAGUACCUGUUCUUCCUGCAGCGGUCUGCACGGCAUGGGCUCGCGGUGGCACAGCUCGAACUAGGUACUGAGCUUUUCGGGCGUGUGAUGUUCGUGUCUGUUGGAAGAGAGGUCAUUUGGAGCAAAACACUAUCUGUCUCAUUUGUGCUUCGUUGGUUCGGGUUCGUUUGGUUGCAGUUACAACAAACUCGUUUUCAUCCACAGGACUUCUGUAUCUUCGCGGCUUUCUGCUCCCGAAGGACGUGAAUCGGGGGAAGCGACUGCUGCGCAGGGCAGCCCAGUGUGGCGAAGUCGGCGCCUGGAAGCACCUGGCUCUGUCCGCCACGGGGGAGGAGAGUAGUUCCUGGUGGGAGAAGGCUGCAAAACAAGGGGACGCUGAGGCACUGUAUGUGCUCGCGAUGCGCGGUCUCAACCAGUACCCGGACGCCACUUCGCCGCCGAUGUCUUCGUCUCAGGCCAUUGAGCAGUUGAAGACGGCAGCGAACAAACAAUGGCCUGAGGCGUUGCACGCGCUUGGUACUUCUUGUUCUUUGUACUUGUUGGUCUGAGGUGCUUUGUCGUGUUGGCCACCAGGAGCAUCGAGCUAGUUAUCUGUUAUAGUACUUUAUUGCAGGUUCAGUUUCUGCUUCUGGUCGGUCGCACACAACAUGCCGAGCCAUCGUCAGUUUCUCGGAGAGUGGAUUUUUUUGACACCACUUUAACAGGUGAGAUGUAUCGCGGUGUGGCGCAUCCGGCGUACUCCUACCGUCUGAAAGAGCACAUGAUCGGGCAGCUUUUGCGUCGCGACUGCGUGAAGUCCGCCCGCUACCUCGCGCUUGCCUGCGACGAGCUCUUAAACCGCCGCAACCAGCUGGAAAAGGAAGCCCGCGCGUACGAAGAGAAGCUGCUCACCUGCAUGGGUGACUUUGACCAGGCAAUCUCCUCGCAACUCCUGCUCGCCCGCGUUGUCAACCGGUGGCGACACACGGCCACCCGGCGCAAAGCGCUGCUCCGUCGGUUGAUCGCUAAGCGGGAGACCACUUACAUCCGCCCAGCGUGGAAGAUCUGGCAGACCAGCGUUUUGCGCCGCUUUCUCGACCUGCGCGUCGGGUUUGAGGAACCGUUUGAGUUCGGGAAAACGCUCGGCCUCUGCUUCGCGCAGUGGGCCUUCCGCGCGGUGGUCGUGCCGAAGAAGAUGACGAAGAUCGUGCGCGCGAACGCGAGAAAGAAAAACUUGCGGAAGGCGCUGCAGUCCUGGCGCGCGUGCACGAUCCGCCGGCGCAUGGCGGUGUUUGUACUUGUGGAAGUGUUGAAGCAGAACUUGCGGAAAAAGUGCACAACUUUGCUCCCCUCCCAGGAGGAACGAAAUUACCGUCGGGGCACGAAAUUGUUGGAAAAGAUGCUGCGGCGCAAACUGUACCAGAGUGCGUGCUCAGCGUGGCGGUUGACCACUGUCCAGCGCCAGACGAACGCGCGAUUCGUGAAUGAGGUUCGCACACUCUCCGACGAGAAUCGCGUGCUCCAGCAGGACCUGCGCACGACCGCCCAGCGCCUGGCCGAACUCGAGCGCGAGGCGGCGGCUUGGAAAAAGCGGUACGACGAGGAACAUACGCUGAACCAGCAGCUGCUGCAGUCGGGGCUAUCGGGCGGCGCCUACAACCGGAAGUCGACCGAUACCACGGAUUUUGUGCGCCAAGGCUCUCCAAACGCCGCACGGGAAUCGCAACUGCGAUUGCUCAACAGUGCGGGCGGCGGGAGCAGGAGCGCGUCGCCGGGACAAAUUAUGCCAAUGUCCAGCGCGCAGGCGCACCUGGAACCGACGACGUUAUUCCAUCAAAGCACGGGAACAAACCUCUCCUUCAACCAAAUCCCGACUACUACGCAACAAGGCAACACGACGCUGCUCCGGACGAGCAGGGGGCUUCUCGGGGGCAUGGCUUCGAGCGCCAGCACCUCCCGAACAAACAGUAAAAAGGCUUCGCCUUUAUCUGCAACCGGCACGACAGAUCCGCACGAGAUUCUCGGCAGAUCAGCUGGCGGGCAGCUCUUCCUAGCGGAGGACGCGGGCGGCAGUGCUUUCCUCAACAGUGCACAGCACCAACAAGGAGCGACAUCGUCAAGCCAUGAGAUGGUCUACCCUUCGCGAAGAUCCUCCUGGUCCCCGAAGGCCGUGUUUCGGCCGGUGUCCAGAACCGCGGGCUUGGAACAUCGAGAAGAGGACAGUGCAGUGGCCCAAGAACAGCAGCUUUGCGGGACUGGAACAGAACAGCCCUCGCCGAUGAAGCGGCUGAUGCAGCGGAAAAUCAUGUCCAGUCAGGAACGAUAUGCAAUGCAAAAAUGUCUGGGUCUGGAAGAAUGCAUGUUUGUCAUGCUUGUCUGGCAUGACUCUUGAAUCUGUCAUGCACGUUACCCAGGAGCUCUGUUUUUCUGUGAUGCAGGAACGCAGUUUGUCAUGCAGAAAAGGCAACACCUAGAAGCUCAGAAACUUGUCAUGCUGAGCGAGCAUUUGUGGCCUCAUCAUGAGACGCCACCCAGCAUCACAAGUUUCCAGACCCAGACAUUUUUACAUUUGAUAAACGACUGAAGAGCAUCCUGGAACAACCUGUAGACACGGACGACGAGAUUCUAGCCUCAACCUCCCUGGAAGGAGAACAGGAAAACGAGGAUUCUUCCGCCACGCUGGAAUCCAGUUCAUUAGUCCACGUAAAAAAGACCGCGACCGGGAAGACGACUGCGUCUGCCCGUCCUGUUGGAGCAACAACUAGGCAGCAGACGAUGUCGAAAAGGGAAACACAAGAAAUCGAUCCCAUGAUGAGGAUUAGCACGGGCAAGUUUCCGCGCCGUGUGGUCUCGAGAAGCCGAAGCUCAACAGGUUUCACCACCGCUGCAGCGUCCUCGACUGGGGCCUCCCGAGUUCGUUUUUCGGACCAGAUUAGUCGAAGCUCGACCAUGUCCACAGCCUCGAGGUUUGAUGGGACAGCGUUAACGGCCAAGACGCGCGCGGCCUUGGCCAGCACCCUCUCCACGACCGGUGUGCGGCGGACCAACUCAACCGCCUCAACCUUCGCGCCCUCCAGUACCGCAAGCACUACUUUUUUGCAGCGUACUAGCGCCAGCAACAGGAGAAGCCAAAACCUGCCGGGGAGGCAUCUACGGUUCAGCAGUAUGAACAACCCGGGCCGCGCCUCUACUUCCUCCAUGGUAAAUAACAGACGCUCGUCGGCGCAAAGCGGUGCGGCAACGGGCGGCGCGUUGUCUCGCCCGGGGGCAGCGAGUGAUGAGGUGCUACUGGAUGAUCCGUCGGAACUCUCUUCUGUGGUGGAAGUGCUGGCCUCCGCCGCAGUGGGAAGGGGGGUCAACGCCGGGGCUUUGCCCAAUUCUGCAGUGGCCGCCACCACAGCAAAUUCCGCAACCAAUAACUUUCUCGACCAGUCUCCGCUCGAAUCUGUGGACGUCAGGAGAAAUUUGUGGCAGACGCCGCAGCGGACAAUCUACUACUAAAAACAUGUACUUUUCUGAUCUUGCUCCGUUUCUCUGUAAUGCUGAUACGCAACCGAAAACGCAAAGUGGGCUGGCAGCAGAGACAGGAUUCGGAAAUUUGUUUUCGUCGCAAAAAGACGCAUUUCUUUGAGAAAUGCUUGUUUUCAUAAGCGUUUCUCUGGAGAAAGCACUGGCUCCACCUGCAUAAUCGUAC